AUGAAGCCCACCUGGUGGCCCGGCGAGAAGCACGAGCUCUUCACAGAAUGGGCUAAAACUCAAGGCAUCGUUAUCAAUGGGGUCAGUCCAGCGCGAUUCCCUGGCCGCGGUCUCGGUAUGAUCGCAACGCGAAAGAUAGAAAAAGACUCCAUCCUCGUCAAAGUCCCCCACUCCGCAAUGCUCACGCCCUCCAAACUCCCAUCUACCUUCACCUCGCGCUUCCCGUCAGACACACCAACCCACACUCUCUACGCCGCAUACCUCACCAACGCCAGUCCCUCCCACAUAACACCAUGGCGCAACACCUGGCCCACAAUGGAAGACUUUACCUCCAGCAUGCCUAUUCUCUGGUCUUCAUCUUCCCCCCUAUCAUCCAGCAGCAACAGCAACACCAGCAAAAUCCAGGACCUCCUCCCACCCUCCAUCUCCAACACCUGGAGCACCAUAACCCCCGGGAAACGGAAACACAAGUACGACACACGGCAUCAGAACCUCCUCAAAGCACAAGAAACCCGUCUGCGCAAGGCCUGGGAUAUCGUUGUCCGGGUAUUCCCCGAGACAGAUAAAGAGCUGUUCACGUACCAUUGGGUGAUUGUGAACACGCGAAGCUUCUUUUAUCUUCUGCCCGGGGCGGAAAUGCCGGAGGAUAGAAAUGAUGCGAUGGCGUUGGUGCCGUUUGCGGAUUAUUUUAACCAUUCGGAUGUGGCGUGUAAUGUCAAGUUCGACGGGGAGGAGUAUGUCUUUCGUGCGGCGAAGGAGUAUAAUGAAGGCGAGGAAAUCUACAUGAGCUACGGCCCUCAUUCGAACGAUUUCCUGUUCACAGAAUACGGCUUCUACCUCGACACCAACGCCUCCGAAACCCUCUAUCUCGACGAAAUAAUCCUGCAGGACCUGAACGCCUCAAAACAAGAAGAGCUCGAGUUCCACCAAUACUACGGAAACUACCAACUCACAUCCGACGGCGUAUGUUACCGAACAGAAAUCGCCGCCGGACUAACCUACAUGCCACUACGACUUUGGCAGGACUAUGUACUAGGAUACUCGACCGACGGGGUGGAUGAGAAGAUGUCAGCGGCUGUGAUUCGGGGCUGGAUUGGUGUGUAUAUCAAGGAAGCGGAUGAGGCGGUGGCGCGGUUAGAGGAUUUGUAUAUUGCUCAGACGGAGGAUCAGGGUGUUAUUAGGAUGUUGUUGAAGAGGUGGAGGCAGAUUAGGGCGCUUUGUGAGGAAGCGAUUGAUCGGGUGUCUUCAUGA